UGGAGCGGGCGGCAGCAUGAGGAGCCUAGCCGGCGCGCGGGGCCAUGGCACUGCCGUGCCUCGUCCUCCUCGGGCUGGUCGUGCGCGCUGCCUCCGCUGAGCAAGUCAUUUUGCUGGAUUCUCAGGAAUCGCAAGCUGAACUGGGCUGGACGUCACACCCUUCCAAUGGGUGGGAAGAGAUCAGUGGGGUGGAUGAGAAGGACCGGCCCAUCCGCACAUACCAGAUCUGUAACGUCAUGGAGCCGAACCAGAACAACUGGCUGCAGACCACGUGGAUCUCUCGGCAGGGUGGCCAGAGGAUCUUUGUGGAGCUGAAAUUCACCCUCAGGGACUGCAACAGCAUCCCAGGGGUGGGGGGCACCUGCAAGGAGACCUUCAACCUCUACUAUGCAGAGUCCGACUCCAGCCUGGGCCCCAACAUCAGCGAGCAGAAGCACACCAAGAUAGACACCAUCGCUGCUGACGAGAGCUUCACCCAGGGGGAUCUGGGCGAGCGGAAGAUGAAGCUCAACGUGGAGCUGAGGGAGAUCGGGCACCUCGGCAAGAGGGGCUUCCACCUGGGCUUCCAGGAUGUGGGUGCCUGCGUGGCACUGGUGUCUGUGCGGGUCUAUUACAAGAAGUGCCUCUCCACGGUACGGAACUUGGCCGCCUUCCCCGACACGGUGGCGGAAGCUGCCUUUGCCACCCUGGUGGAAGUGAGGGGCGCCUGCAUCAACCACUCCGAGGUGGAGGCAGAUGGCCCUCCCAGGAUGCACUGCAGCGCAGAGGGGGAGUGGCUGGUCCCCAUUGGGAAGUGCACCUGCAGAGCUGGCUUUGAAGAAAAGGGCAGCAGGUGUCAAGCCUGCUCUCCUGGAUAUUACAAGAGGUCUGCUCGGAUUCUGCGCUGCUCUCCCUGCCCUCCACACAGCUUCACGCAGCAGAAAGGUUCCACAUUUUGCUUCUGCCAGGUGACCUACACCCGGGCCCCUUCAGACUUGCCGUCUGCACCCUGCACCCGACCCCCAUCGGCACCUGGGAACCUCGUCUACCGCUUGAAGCAGUCCACCUUAGUCCUCGAGUGGAGUCCCCCGGUGGACUUGGGGGGGCGCAGCGACAUCUCCUAUAACCUCCUGUGCCUUCACUGCUCCUCCUCCUCCUCCUCCUCCUCCUCUCAGUGCACACCCUGCGGCCAUGGGGUGAGCUUCGUGCCCCAGCAGAGGGGCUUGGUGGGCAGGACAGCCACCCUCAUGAACUUGCUGCCCCAGGCAAACUACACCAUCCGCGUGGAGGCUGUCAAUGGCGUCUCAGGCUUGGGUAGCUCAUCUGAGCAGCCAUACGCAGAAAUGACCAUCUUUACCGGGGUGACAGCCCAGAGGCUCGUCACUGACAUCCGCGCUGAGAGAAUUGAGCAGAAGAGCAUCUCCUUGUCCUGGCAGGAGGCCAGUGCCCUGAGCACCAAUGACACAGAAUAUGACAUUAGCUUCUAUGAAAAGGGUCAGAAAGAGCAGAGCUACUCAUCCCUGAAGACCACCUUCCCAGCCGUGAGAGUGGACAACCUGAAGCCCAGCACACUCUAUGUCUUCCAAGUCCAGAAGACAUCUUCCGCUUUCCAGGACCACAGGAACUGCAGCCACAGCAUUGAGGUGGAAACGCUGGGGGAGACCACUGCUGUCGCCUUCCAUGAGCAGAGCCCCAUAGUCCUUGUGGUCAUUGUGGCGAUUGCUGGGCUGAUUGUGUUGGUCUCUGUGAUCCUGGGCAUUCUGACCUGGAGGAGGCAGUGUGACUACGGCAAGGCCUACCGGGAUGGAGAGGAGGAGCUGUACUUCCACUUCAAGAUACCAACCCGGAGGAUGUAUGUUGACCCCAAGACCUGUGAAGACCCCCUGCAGGCUGUCUCUCUUUUUGCCAAGGAACUAGAUAGCUCCAGCAUCAAAAUGGAAAAGCUGCUUGGGACAGGAGAAUUUGGAGACAUCUGCCAGGGGUGCCUGAAGCUCCCCAGUAAGCGGGAGCUGCCUGUGGCCAUCUGGAUCCUGCAAGCCAGCUGCUCCGAAAAGCAGGUCCACACCUUCCUCACUGAGGCCAGUACCAUGGGCCAGUUUGACCACUCCAACAUUGUCCGCCUGGAGGGAGUUGUUACCAGAGGGAACCCGAUGAUGACUGUGAUGGAGUACAUGGAGAAUGGGGUGCUGGACUCCUUUCUGCGGCGGCAUGAGGGGCAGCUCAUGGCUUCCCAGCUGAUUGGCAUGCUGCAGGGGAUUGCCUCUGGGAUGAAAUACCUGACCGAGAUGGGCUACAUCCACAAGAAACUGGCAGCACAUAAUGUCCUGGUGAAUGGGGAGCUGGUCUGCAAAAUCUCUGGCUUCAGAGUAGGCCAGGAGGAGAAGAUGGAGACGGUUUUCAGCACGCUGGGUGGAAAAAGCUUGGUGCUGUGGUUGGCCCCUGAAGCAUCCCAGUACCACCGUUUCAGUUCAGCCAGUGACAUGUGGAGCUUUGGCAUUGUCAUGUGGGAGGUGAUGUCCUAUGGAGAGAGGCCUUACUGGGACAUGUCGAACCAGGAUGUAAUAACAGCCAUUGAAGAUGGCUUCCGGCUUCCUGCUCCUGCAAACUGCCCACCGGCUCUGCACCAGCUGAUGCUAGAUUGCUGGCAGAAGGACUGUAAUGAGAGGCCAAAAUUCUCCCAGGUCCACAGCACACUGGGCAACAUGCUUCAGGCCCCAGAGCUCUCAAGAAACAGCAUCUUCACCUAUGCCAGCUCCUCCCUCCCUCCCUCCGACUGCCCUUUCUCUUACUUCCCGUACUUCAGCUCCGUUGGGGAGUGGCUGGAAGCGAUUGAGAUGAGCAGGUAUAAGGAUAGCUUUGUGGCUGCUGGCUAUUGCUACCUGGAUUCAGUGGCCAGGAUGACAGUACAAGAUGUUCUGAGCUUGGGGAUCACCUCUGUGGCACACCAAAAGACCCUCCUAAGUGGGAUCCAAGCGCUCCGGGCUCAAGUGAUCCAGAUGCAUGGCCACGGAGUGCAGGUGUGAAAGCAGGGCAGUGGUGUGUUUCUGCAGAACCAACCUGAGCUGCCCACUGGCUCUGGUGAGGCUACGUCUCUGAGACUUUACCUGAGAGCAGAGGAUGUUGGCAGCUACGUCCCGGAGACGCAGGAAGGUGGUGGGAACCAACUGCCCCCUUCCAUGGGAGGCCCAGAGCAACCUCUCUGCAGCAGCUGAAGAGCUGGUCUCUUUCUUCCCCAUCUACCCCAAUGGCACCUUGGAGGGGAGACUGAGCAGGAGGAUCUGCUGGUGACCCUUAAGCUCCCUGAGAGUCUGAACUCAGAGCAAUGCAUCUUCCAAGAAGCUGCCAAUUAUUGAAAUUUCCUCAAUGGGCGGUAGAGUGACUGUUUCUCCAGUGAGCCUCCUUUCCCAGCCUCCUUCCAUCACUUCUUGGGCAGACGGGAAGACUGCACACUCCACCUCUACCUGGAAUGAAGGCUACUUGCGCAAGAGCAGGAAGAUGCACAACUGGGAACAGGUUUAUUGCAAGAGUAUGGACU